GUUCCCGGCGAGGAUUGGAAUCCAAACGCGGCGGGGCUGCGCGGGUCCUCACCGCAGCGCUGCCCAGCCCUCCCUGGCUUCGGGUUGAAGAACCGCAGGAGGAGGCUGAAGGCGGCGCAGCUGCGAGGCGCGCCACGGGCCGGGAGCCUCGGGAUGCUGGCGGAAGAGGACGAUCCUUUGCAGUCCCUUCAGGAAGAAGAUGGGAGCAGAAUUGCCCCGGAUGCUUUCUACCUUCAAUCGCUUAUUAUUGAUGCCUUCCAUGAUAAAGGAUUUCAGAAAAUAAAAGACUAUUUUCAAGAGAGAGCAAGCCACAGUCCUCAAAAAUACAAUCAUCUUGUAUUCUACCAUCUUCACAGGUCAAUAACUAAGGAACUGGAUAAAAAUGAAUUUCAGUAUGUUUCGCUGUUGCUGAAAUGUAUUCAGCGAUUCUGCAUUGAUGGUGUCAAAGAAGAUGAGCCUUUGCUAAUUCAGCAGGGACUGAUCCCAAAGAUGGUUUCCUGGUUUGAAAGAACAAUAGAAUUUCUGACCAUGGCAGAUCCAGUGUCUGACCCAUCCCUGAUUAAUGUGAUAGAAGACUUCUUUGACACAGCCUUGGUUAUUUCCAGAAGUAGUAGUAAAGGAAAAAUUCAGAUGCUGAGUUCCUUCAUAUUUACCUUAGGAUUUCUGGUGACAGAAAAGACUGUAAGUCAUUUGAUUCAACAGGAGGCUCUGAAGACUUUGAACUCCAUUUUGCAUGCUGUGCCUCGGGAAGAGAGAAAACAACUCCCCUUGUUGGAAGGCCCAUGUCGUCUUAUGAAAGACCUUGCAAGGACAAUCUUGACUGUGGGUGAUUAUGACCAGCAGGUUGCUCUUUCCGAAGCAUUGUGUAGACUGACCUUGAAAAAAUCCAGGGGGGACCUUGUCCAUCAGUGGUUUGAAGAUGACAUCAUUGCUGAAGCUUUCAAAGAAAUUAAGGAUCGAGAAUUUGAGACGGAUGGUAGACGAUUUCUCAAUCACCUAAACGACAGACUUGGUGAUGAAAGAAGGGUCUAUUCCUUCCCAUGUAUUGCUGCUUUUGCUGAUGGGCAUGAGAUGAGAAAACCAAAUGAUGAAAAACUAGAGAAAUUUUGGAUUGAUUUCAACCUCGGAAGUCAGAGUGUAACUUUUUAUAUAGACAAUACUAAGAGUGCUCUGUGGGACUCAGUAAGAAUUUUGAAGGAAGCAGUGAUUAAUUUCAGCAUAAUAGAAACUGGAAAUGUGAAGAUGCUUAUCAUUUACCUGAAGAAGCCUUUUAAUAUCAGCAACAAAGAAGUGAUGAAAAUAGAAAUCCAUUUUGAUUUGCAAUUCAACAUCUCACAAGCUUCUAUCAAAGCUUUAGGAGAAGACAAACAGAUGUUGCCUGACCAGAAAAGAAGCUCCUCCGAACUUUCUGGUAAAUUUGAGAAAGCAGACACUGACAUUCCUAGCAGUCAUGAAAGAGAGACAGACCAGACAGAAGAAUCCACUAAGCUGGCAGAGUUAAUGAGUGCUGGGGAUGACCACUGCCCAACAGCUCUCCCUGUAAAUGAUCAGUCUAAUGAGCCUGUCCAAACAAAUACAGGAGAUAGUUCACCUGAAAAGUUGAAACCGGAUGAUGUGCAACAAGUUACUUCAAAAUAUGAAUCUUCAAAUUUACAAGAACCAUCAGUAAAAGUUCAAGAUCCUAAAUUAAAUGACAAAUCUAGGGCAGAUUCUGCUUCCGACAGGGAGAGAAAGCCAGAAACAAGGAUGUCGUUUAAUUACAGGAAACACCUCUUCUCAGAGAGUGAUCAGGAUUCAAGUACUGGGACCAGUGAACGAUCUUGGACCAGUAACCAAAAAAGGAAAUCCCUAAGACCGUAUUCCGGGAGGAAAAAGACGAGAAUUAGAAGUAGCGUGAGAAUUUUGCCAUUUUCCCCUCCCAGCAGCGGCGGUGACCAUGAGAAGGACGAAGCUAAACUUCUAAUACCGCUAUGGAAAGAUACCUCCAAGCAAAAUAAUUCCAUACCUCCAAAAAUUUCUGGAGCAAAAUUUCAGAGUAGUUCUGCCCUUUUAACUCCAGAAGAUUCUGCCCAGAAAGCAGAACUUCAAAGUCCCCACCCACUGAGCGAUCUGUCUUCCUUGGAGCACUCAGAAGUUGAAGAAAAUGUAUCUAAGAUGGUGGACCAAGAAUCGUUGACGAAAAGUACCGGGUUCAAACAUAAGCUGCAAAACUUGGAAGACAGAGACCUAUCAGGUGGCAGUUUCGCUAAGUCCAAACAAUCAAAACUGGAAGAAGGCGAUGCUCCGGAAUCCCCCUCCUCGGUGACGGAAGAAACGGGCUUAGCAGAAGGCAUUUCCACUCCGUCCCCAGCAGUUGUGCCGGAGAACUCAGAUGGUUCUGCUAUUAUCGCGACCCUCGAAACCUUCACUAGAGACCUGAGAAGAAAAACUGAGCUUAGGUACAAAGGGAGUCCGCUUGAUUCAAAAAAUGCAAAGCAAGCACCAGAUUGCUUAAUCCAACUUUUAAACCAGAUACACCAAUGCAGACUGAAUAAACUAGAGAAGUUUCACAGUUUGGUCCUUCAAGAGCUGAGCAAUCUUGAGAAGGAUAUCCAGGCUCUGAAACACCUUGAGGAGGAUGCCCUGGCUCAAUCCAGAUCAGUCUUCAUGAGGAAAGCCAAAGUCCUGUGUGACGACUGCAUUCCUGGGUCUGAGCCACCUGAAGAUGACAAAGCUGGCUUGGGUCACACAGCGGUGGCCCUGGCUUCUUCAUUUUGCUCUGCUCCAAAUGGCAUCCCUGAGAACUGCAGAGUUGGAAAUAGGACAGGAUAUGUUGGUAGUUUGUAGUUGUGUUAUUGUCCAGUUGUCAUAAAUGUUAGCGUUCUGUAUCAAAAUUUGGUC